AUGUCUCCCUCACUAACGCAUCUUCUUCCCCCAUCCGCACCACCAACCACCACAGCACAGAAAUCCCACCGCCUCCUGACCCCCACGACGAAUCCGAUCCCAUUGCUUUCCUCCCCCUGGGCAAAGCGAUACAGCUACAUCCAUACCGUCCUCGUGCCUGUGUAUUACUAUCUCCGCGCGUCAGCUCUGAUCGCAGACCCGUUCAACACCCUACUCAGCGACCUAGGUGUCGUCGCCUUGCUGCAAUGUCUCUUCUGUGCGAUUUGCCUACCACACGCGGGAGGAUGGGUGUCCGGGACGAGUGGAGGCCCGAUCCUAGAAGGGAGCGCCAGUCUCACGGCGGCAAGGCCGAAGACCACCAAGGGAAGCGCGUCCGCAACGGGAAGUAUGCGGCGCAAGAACCUCACUGGCGGGAAAAGUGCAACUAAGGGUGGUGCUACGGCGGGAGCGGGAGGAGAGGGCAGCUGGAAGGGCCGGAUCACACCUACUCUAUUCUCGCUGAUCCUCACGCUCACGCUGCCGCCCCUGCCUCUCACGCUGAUCGCCUUGGUCCUCGGCGCGCCGCUCUACCCGACAUCCUCGAUUCCACUGACCCUCCUGCUCGGCCUUCAUGUCUCGGUCCUAGCCUUUCUUCCACUCUUCUACACCCAUGGCGUGUCCUCGUCUGCCUGGCGCGACGUGUCCGCCGCAUGGCUCCCCUUCGACGCCGCGGGCGUCUGGGGCAGCAGUGUCGGCGCAUUUCUCGGCGGCUGGGUUGGUGCCAUCCCCAUGGCCCUGGACUGGGACCGAGAGUGGCAGAAGUGGCCCUGCACGGUCGUUUGGGGAGUUGUACUGGGCCAGGCCAUCGGGCGUGUGCUGACUGGUGGACUUGGAUGGGGCAUUGGCAAGAGGAUUGAUUUGAGUGAAAAGGAGGAGGAUGACGAGUAUGUGGCCGUCGAGAUGGAGCAGCGGGGAGAUGCGCACGCCGAGAACAGGACCGACAAGGAGGUCAAAUGGGAGUGA